CACGUGAGGGCACGUGGCUCGUGCGUUCAGUUGGUGGGCGGUUUGCAGCGUCACGGUCGUGAUGGCGGCGUUAUGAGUUGCAUGUUGGUUGUCAGAGUGGUUUAUCUGUGAGAAGAGCUGUGGAUUUUUAAGUGACUCCUAAAAAAGAUUCAGAAACUCUUUUCUUCCUAUUUGUAUAAGAAGACUGAAAAGUGAGCGGUGCUUGAAGGAAUUGUUUCUUCCGUGAUAUAAAAGCGGCGGCAGCCAUGCAGAUUACUCUGAAGACCCUGCAGCAGCAGACUUUCAAGGUGGAGAUAGACCCAGAGCUGACGGUCAAAGUUCUGAAGGAGAAAAUAGAAGCAGAAAAAGGCAAAGACUCUUUUCCUCUCACUGGUCAGAAGCUUAUUUAUGCAGGGAAAAUCCUCAAUGAUGACACACCCAUUAAAGAGUAUAAAAUUGAUGAGAAAAACUUUGUCGUUGUGAUGGUGACAAAGCCCAAAACUACUCCUGAUGCACAGCCACCUGCAGCUGAACCAUUGACAGUUCCACCACAGGACUCUCCAGCAUCAUCAGCUCAGUCAGCACCAACAGGAACUGCAGCGACUGAGGAGAAGCAGCAGGAGCCAGCAUCAAAGCCACUAACACAGUCUUCACCUGCAGUAAGCUUGGUUCCAUCCUCUGGUAGUGGCACUGUACGUGAAGAUGAUGCAGCUUCAACACUAGUUACAGGAUCUGAAUAUGAGAACAUGGUCACUGAGAUAAUGUCGAUGGGAUAUGAACGUGAGCAAGUUGUGGCAGCGCUGAGAGCGAGUUUUAAUAAUCCCCACAGAGCUGUGGAGUACUUGCUAACGGGUAUCCCUGGUAGCCCUGUUCAAGAAAGUGGCCAUGCUGAGGAGUCGGAUGCUCCAGCAGAAAAUCCAGAGUCUGAGGGGGACAACCCCUUGGAAUUCCUGAGAGACCAGCCUCAGUUUCAGAAUAUGAGACAGGUGAUUCAGCAGAAUCCUUCACUGCUGCCAGCACUGCUUCAGCAGCUGGGUCAGGAAAACCCACAGUUACUUCAGCAAAUCAGCCAGCACCAGGAGCAGUUUAUCCAUAUGUUGAAUGAGCCCCUGGGAGAGAUGGGUGACAUUGGAGACAUCGAGGGGGAGCUUGGAGCAGUAGGUGAAGAUUCCACUAGAAUGAACUACAUUCAGGUCACGCCGCAGGAAAAGGAAGCCAUUGAGAGAUUAAAAGCAUUGGGAUUUCCGGAAAAUUUGGUUAUCCAGGCAUAUUUUGCUUGUGAGAAGAAUGAAAACUUGGCAGCAAAUUUUCUCUUGAGUCAGAACUUUGAUGAUGAAUAACAUUGUAUUUUAUAUGAAAAAAAUAUACUUGUUUAUUUAAAAGCAAAAGAAUAAAAUUAUAAAACUGGUAAGCAUCCCAGUUUGCUAGAUAGAAGAAUUGCUCUUCAGCAGCCUUAAAGGACCGAAAAGAGGAUUGUAUGGAUAGCUCCUGCAGUUAUUGUUACAUAAUUGUUUAUAUGGUUCAUUUAAUAUGAUUGACUCCCUAGGAGAAGCAGUUGAGGCCCCACCCCAUAAAGCCAAGGCAUAAGACAUAUGUAGUUGCACUUUUAUCUUGUCACCCAUUUGCCCCGUGUGUUUUGUGGUGAAACCAGGAUUGAAGGAGACUCCCCUAUAUUGCCAGGGGCUCAUUUCUUAGCAUCCUGAUUUUCUUGUCCUUUGGUGAAAUAAAGAAAUCCUUGCUGAAGCCCUGCUACUGUGCCCCUUUUUAAAGCAUCGUGCAACUGAAAUUGGUAUUGUGGCACUGACUAGUAAACAGAGUUGUCCAUUGGGAUCAGAAGCACUGUGUAUGAAAAGCUACAGUUGAAGUUUGCCCAUCUGGCUGUUUCUGUGAUCUGUGGAGAAAGAAAGAUGUAAAGUGAUGGUAAAGGGUGCAAUAUGGGAAAUGACCAGAAAAAAAGUGUUUGGGGUAGGUCUGUCUCUAACUGUUCUACUCCCUGCUUUUUUUGUAAAUGGGAAAGCAUGGUUCAUAUGAAUGGCUACACGUGCCUUAAUUGUGGAAUUCCAGGUAUCAUAGAGUUAUGAGCUUUGUAAGCUCCCUCUUUAGGAAAAGGAGACAAGUGUCUACGCGUGCCUGGUUUCUCUGCGUGAGCAGUACUGUGGCUGUACUGCAUUGUACUCGAGGCAGUAUCUUUGGAUGUAACACUAGCACAUCAGUCAUUUUCACUGGGUAUGUGUGGGGUUCUCUGGUAUGAAGGCUCCCUUAACAGAACUCAGACCUGAUGACAGGCAUCAUGUAGCUGAAUAUUUUUAAAUUUUAAAUUAUUUUUGGUAUUUGCAUCUCCCCUCACUUUGGUAUAUGGUGCCACAAUUUACUAUACCCUUCAUCGGGUAAUAUCACAAUUGAGCAAGUGUUGUUGACUUGUUGCCAGUUAUUCUAAGAUAUUCAGAUAUAACAUUGUUUUACAUUUUAACUUUUUUUAUAUUUAAUUUUAUAAGGCUUGGUAAUUAUAAUCUGCUCGUUAUUUUCUUCACUGGUGGUGUAAAAUUAACAGUGAUCUGUGUCACUGAGUGAUAAAAGGUGUUCACAAGUUUGUGAUACAGCAUUAAUUCUAGCUGAGCUACAUGAAAGGUACAUGAAACAAACUCAAUUAUGUCUGAAUAUUUGUAGUUUUCCUGGUUGCUGGAAAAUGAGCAUUAUUUUCAUCUUGAUUCCUGCAUUUAUUUUAACAAACAGAAGGUCUGGCAGAAACAGAAGUACAGAUUUACCCUGUAUGUAUAAUUUGUGUGCAUCAGUCUUGUGAUACUACCAGAACGGAGAUUAAAUACUUGCAGUAGAAUUAAGAUGGUAUGGUAAAUAAAUUGUCAUAAACACUGAAAACUGUUUAGUGUUAACAAAAUUCAGGAUAAAAAAAUGUUUUUAUUCAUUGUUAAGAGUCCUGUUAUUUUAUUAAAAUUUAUAAAAUGUAGUGGCAAUAUGAUGUGUAUUGUAAGGAUUUAUACUUCAUGAUCAGAUUUUUUUGCUCAUUAAAAACAAAGUUACACUUCUUUAAUAAGUUUACAUAUUGCAGAUUUCAAAAAUGCUACUGUAAACAUUUUAAUAUGUCAUAUAAUUUCUAGAAAGGGUUAAAAUCUACAUUUGUUCAUACUGGCUUUGGCUUACUCCGGCUAGAAUGCCCAACUGCUGGAGCCUGUUAGACUGGAAAGUACUUGUGGUUGAAUGUAUUCAUUUAAUUAAAAAGUGCCACAUCUUCA